GAGACACACUGAGGGAUCAGUCGGACAGAGGAGCCGGUGUCGGCGGGAUCGGGAGUUACGGGGUUUUGGGAGAUGCUGUCCCCUAGGAGAUGGACCAGAGAGCCGCCUGUCAGCUCAGUGACCUCGUACCUGGGGAGAAGGCUGUGCACCAGACGUCCACUUAUGGCAGUUGUUAUCAUCCUUAUUGUCUGCAUCGUCAUUCAGACCUUUAUCACCCACCGGACUGGGCAUGACAGAGUAAAUGGACUUCAACACCACUAUCUGACCAAACAAAAGCUGUUUAAUUCUCUAAGGACCCUCAUAGAAAGGCCCAGCCCCAAGGCUUUACUAGCACGAAAGCCAGACCUAAAGUCACAACAAAAAAACAGAACUGCCUAUCUUCAUAAUGAAAAGCCACUGGAUCUCACUCUGUCAGAUGAAACGGUCCUCCCUCACACUGACCCUAUGAUUGAGGGAAUGAAAGUGUCUCCAGGAGAAACAGAAUCUAUAAACAAGCCGAGCCCCAAACUUUCACAUUACUUUGUUCCCCAAAGUACAUGGAUGAGUUUAUUUGCAGAGACAAACCAAAGGAUCACUCCAUCUAGUCCAACGUGGGCCUACAGUGAGACAACCUGCCAGCCCAAGUCUCACAUCGUGUUCCUAAAGACUCAUAAAACAGCGAGCAGCACCAUCUUAAACAUCCUGUAUCGCUACGGUGAAAGCAGGAACUUGACCUUCGCCCUCCCUGUGAAAAAACACAUGCAGCUCUUUUACCCGAACUACUUCGCCAAACACUUUGUGGAAGGUGUCAUGAGCCACAGGGUGGAGGAGUUUCACAUCAUGUGCAACCACAUGAGGUUCAGAAAGUCUGAGGUGGCCAAAGUCAUGCCUGAGGAUACUUUCUACUUCUCUAUCCUGAGGCACCCUGUGGCCAUGAUGGAGUCCAUCUAUACCUACUACAAGAACGCUGCAAUUUUCCGCAAGAGUGUCAGCCUGGACAACUUACUGGACAGCUGCUUGACAAGCUACAAGCCUACGUUGUCAAAACACAACUUCGCUCACAACGCCCUGGCUUUCGACUUUGGCCUCAACAACAAUGUUGCACCCAAUGCUGACGACCUGGAGGAGAGAGCAAGCGUGGCUAUUGCAGCCAUUGAAAAUGACUUCCAUCUCAUCCUCAUAUCUGAAUACUUCGAUGAAUCCUUGAUUUUGCUAAAACACGCCCUCUGCUGGUCCCUGGAAGACGUGCUUUCCUUUAGGCUCAACAGUCGCUCUGACAAAUCUCGACAACCACUUUUACCAAACACUGCAGAGAAAAUUAAGAACUGGAACGCCCUGGACUGGAAGAUCUACUUGCACUUUAACGCCACCUUCUGGGACAAAGUGGAGAGGCUAGUUGGGGAAGAGCAGAUGAAAAAGGAAGUAAAUGCUCUCAGAGAGCUACGGGCCAAGCUUGCAAAGAUCUGCCUGAAAGAUGGUGGGGCCGUUGACCCAUCUCAGCUCAGUGAUCGUAAGCUGAAGCCAUAUCAGAGCGGGAAAGCUGUUAUUCAAGGCUACAAUCUAAACCCACUCACAGACAACCAAACCAAACAGAAAUGCCUGAGACUCAUAACUCCAGAACUGCAGUAUACAAAACUCCUGUACAGUAAGCAGUUUCCAGAUUUACAUUAUUAAAGACAAUCAGUCGACUGUGUCAUUCUGGUGUAGUAAGGCCCGUCACACACACAUCAUAGGGUGAUCAAUCUAUUAUCUCAAGAAUAAAAAAUCUCUAAAAGUGCUUGUAUGAGACACAAGGUCACAAAAAAAUGAAGACCUAUGCUCAUGCUGGAGUUGAGGUCACGUUCUUUAAAUAUGAAAUUAAAGCAGAACAAGAGACUAGUGGUGUAACAGCUAACAGAGGUAACGGCUCAGUUCGUACCUCAGUUUUUGAGUCAAAGUUCAGUUCAUGUUUGAUUCAACAGGAAAAAAGGGUCCUCAUGCAAACUUUUAGUUAUUUCUAAUCUAUUUUGAAGACAAGCACUACUGGUGUUGUUUGGAUCUACCGCAAUUUCCGGACUAUAAAGCGCACCUGAAUAUAAGCCGCACCAGCUAAAUUUAGGGAAAAACCAAAUGUGUACAUAUACAAGCCGCACUGGACUAUAAGCCGCAGGUGGAACGGUGGCACGGUGGAAACACCUCGGCCGUCUGCUCUCUGUGUGUUCAGCCAAUCUUCAAGAAAGUCUUCAAGUUUGGGCCAUCUGCUUUUAUUACCUCUGAAAGCUUUUGUCGUCUUUUUGCAUUGAGCCAGUUCUUCACGCUGGCGUCUCCAACGUCUCACCAUUGAUUCACUGAUGCCAAGGGUACGUCUAGGACAACUUACUGAAAACUUCCUUUGCGCAAACUGUCUCGCUCUCGUAAUGUCUGUCUUGCUCUCGUUCUGUCUCUCGUACUGCAUUUGGUUCCACUUUUGCUUUCGUUGAUCGCGCGAACUGCCUGUCUCACUCUUUUCCGGCCUCCAGCAUUUCCUGCUGGAGCCCGCCUCUUAACGGUGGGGGACGUGGACCGGCCAUAGAGCCCAUAGAGUUUAAAGGUGGAGGACGGUAAACUGUAAAAUCCAUAGAUUUAGAAGGUCCCCUAGUGGCCGUUAGCUGUAACUAAUCUAUGUAAAAAUCCAUAGAUUAGCCACAUCGCUGUAUAGGCCGCAGGGUUCAAAGCAUGGGAAAAAAGUAUCGCCUUAUAGUCCGGAAAUUACAGUACCUGUGAUAGUUGGUGUUGCCUGUGGUUUAUGAGACAUUACACCAAAAAGAGGAAAAAGAAACAAACAUAAAAGACGUGCCUUCAGGAGCAGUAUAAUAAUGAUUUAUAAAGCAUGUGCAGAGAUUAUUCCAGCCCAUUUUCCCAAUCCCAUUUAAAGCCACUAUUUGUUCAGUUCUUUAUAGCCUCUGUCUCACUCUGGGUUUAAACCAGACUGCAUGUCUGUUGGGGGGGGGUCAUGUAAAACAUUCAUACCGUCCUCUUGUAGCAGGUGGAGUACAUGUCCUGUAUCUGCAAACAUAUUAAGCCGCUCAUACAGCCACACAAGAGGUAAAGUGAAACAUUUAGGGCUUUCCUGGAGGAGGAUCAGAAUCAGAAAAUGAUUGGCAUGAUGGGAGCAUCAGAACUACACUCUUGUAUUUGAUUGUCUUGUCAUUUGAUUAUUCCUUCAGCAUUGUGCUCUCCCACUCUGGUCACAUUUAUUUGCCACUGAGGGACUUCAAAACAUCAGAUCAUUCUACUUAAACAUUAUCCCAGUUUUCAUUAAGGAAGGUUUGACAGACACUGUGGUCAUUAUUAAUGGGAAUUGUGUUUUAACUGAUGGUUCAUCCUGUGAACUUUCAUUUACUUAAGCUGGAAAGUUGUAAAUAGCUUUUCUAUGGAAAGAGCAACAUUUGUUCUGAUGGUGUCACCAAACAAUAAGCUGUAUUUAAACUUCAUUUUUUUCUGUUUUGUUAAUUUAUGCCUAAAUAAAAUGUAAAG